UUGGAACGCAACACGCCACUUUAAUUGUUAUCCUGCAUCUCAGAAGAAACUCCUGAAACUGUCCUGCGCCUAUCCAAGGGUUUAUCGUCGGCGUCUUAUUAGACGAGGCAUUAUAACGUGAAAUCUUCCUUAAUUAUAACUGGUCCAUGUCAUAGUUUCAUUAUUUUAACUUCCUUUGUUCAAUUUCUCCCGCACAAAYAGGGAUCGGCUACAUUGAGGUGUUAUCUUGAAGCGUCUGCACGUGACUACGCCAAUAGAGAUGAAAUGAAUGAGUUGCUCUUUAAGCUGAUUGGGUCGAGUGUGAUUUAAAAUUUCGACUGGUACACGUACUCACUCGAUUUAAAUAUAAUUCGCUGUUUUGUUCAUUCCCCCCACACAUUCAUAAAAAUCUGUGUUAGUACUUCCUUGUUAAACUAUGGCAGUCUCAGCUUCUAUUGUGUAUCUGCUCGCUUUUGCCUUGUUGCACCACGCUGUAGGAAUCCAUCGGACGGUCAAGUCGCAGGAGUCAGCGAUUGGUGAUGUUCAAACCAGAGCAGCGAAGUUGAUGUUGGGAAAGAUGAUGAAACGUGGUGGAUUUCAGGUUUCUCGAAAAAUUGACAACGAAAUACAAUCAAUGUAUAGCGAAAUGGACGCAAAUGGUGAUGGAUCUGUCUCAACUCAAGAAUACUCCGUGUAUUUUCAAAAAACUAUUGGUGGAACUUCAUCAGAUGCUCAAAAGUCAUUUAAUGCUAUCGAUACAGACGGAAAUAAGAAGAUUACGUUUUCGGAGCUCCGUUCAUUUAUACUCAAACUUGCCAAGCAGCAUCAGCGCGAGCAACAAAAGCAAAUUGCUUCGACAUUCAAAAAGAUUGACGUUAAUGGGGAUGGGUUCAUCACUGUUGGUGAGUGGUCGCAGUAUUACAAAGAACAAGGCUGGAGCUUACCACAGGACGAGAUACAGGGAAUGAUCCAGGACAUCGACAAUGAUGGCGAUGGAAAAGUCAACUUUCAAGAAUACAGCAAGAUGCAGAACGGAGAUGUGCUCACCUGAACGCGACUAAGAUGUAUCAAACAGUAGUUGAAAAAGCAUAAUCAUCAAUAAAAAUUAUAAAGGCAAUUAACGUUGUUCCAUUUCUUAGUACACAAUGAAACUCUCGACCAAGAACUACCCAUUUUAAGCAAACAUGC